ACGAGCCCACCGACCCGUUUGCUCGAUCUUCGCCUACGAUCUUGUGGAAUGCUGACCAGCCAAACGAAUUGUCCCGUCCGCGGUCUCGUCAACGGCGUCACCAUCUCGCUGCUUGUCCAGAAAGUGUAGAAACAGCGCAGUUUGUGGCGUUAAAAAGGCGCCCAAAAAGCCCAAGGUGCUGGUGUUUUGUGUGCGACGGGGGCUCAUACAAGUGUAUGUGUGUCUGUAAGUGUGUGUAAAAGGGCAAGAAGGAGAAGGGUUUCACGUAUCCUCAACAUUGUUCGAGCAGUUUAUGCUACAGAAAGGAAGAAAGAAAGGAAAGAAGGAGGAAGGGUAGUAGAAGGUGAGCUUCGAAAGGGGGCCAUCCGCAGCAGCAACAAGACGAGGUUCGUCGCGUCGUCACCGUUGUUGUCGUUCGUUCUCGCCGUGGUCUGCGUCGGUCGCGUCAGAGUUUCGCAAGAACUUGCGAUCUCUCUCGCUAGAGCGUUGUGUGCUAGAGCCACCGCCAAGUGCUACCACAGUGUGUCGAGUGCGAUCGAUCGUUGGCCUUCCUGCGGCCUCCCCUGGCUGCCAGUGCACGCGAUGCAACGCUGGUGGUUGCAGUUGCCCGUAUGCGGAUCGUUUGUUUAACUGUUUGUUCCGACCGAUCGUAGCUCGCGUGUUUGUGUUUUUUUGUUGUUGCGAUCUAAGACACCCGUUGCUAGUGUCUCCAUGCGGCCUUUAGCUUGCCUGCGGAAGUGCUCAAGUGAAUAUCAUUAAAUCGAAUCGGAUAAGGGCCGCUAUAAGUGUGUACUGUUGCUAACAACUUCUUCGACGAAACGGCAAACGACAAAUAUCCAACGAGUGGCCGAAUUGCUCCCGUCUAGUGAUACCAUUAUGAGUUGUUUGAUUGUCAGUCUAAUUGGCGCCAGUGGUUCGUUCGGACGUCGAUCGUGAUCGCGUAGUGCCAUGUUCUGGUGGAGCAGUCGGGCGGGUGACGAUCAACAACAACAACAACGACGACAACGACGACGAUGCGCGCCCCAACAGUAACUGCAACCACGGUGACCGUAGCGCCCUCUACCGGUGGGACAAUGUUUGGCAUCACGAACGCCCAUCUCGUCCACAACGCGCUCUCGAGUGGACCGGCGUCGGCGGGAACGAUCGGACUACCGCCGAUUAAAGCGGACAGUCCAACGGGCCCUGGGGGUGGAGGUGGACCGACGAUACAGCUUACCUCGUCCGGUGGUACCGGGCGGGCAAAAGUGAACCGCGCUUCGUCGGUCUGUGGACCGGGACCGGGCAUGAUGUUGGUGUCUUCGUUGAAGGCUUCCAGUCGCAGCGGUACCAGCAGUCCCGUCAAACGGAACUCCAGUUCCAGCUCGAGCUUCGGCAGCAGUAGCGAUCGCCGGAGCAUCUUCUACACCGACACCGAACCGGAGCAGGGAAGCAAGACACAGACAUCGAAGCAGUACGAUGGGAUGGUGAAUGAUGAAAGUUGCUCCGCUUCGGAGAUCUAUACCCUAGCCCCAGUGACCACCACCAGUGGAUCCGAUGUGGACGAGGUGAAGCAACCGCGCCAGGAUCGACGAAAGAUGGCACCAGAAAGAGAUGGUGCCACAGCUGGUGUGCGAGCGGAGGAGUUACUGCGAAGGCUGGGCAAUGGUCAGGUACGCAGCAAGCAACAGCGACCAUCGGGCACCGGGCUAGAGGGUGUUAUCGGUCCGAAGGCCCAUCUGAAGCUAGUCAGCCAGGAGCUGGAAUGGGAGCGUAAAUUGCGCGACGAUCAACUGUCCCGCAUCCUGAAGGCACUGAUUGGCUUCGAGAACCGGCUGAAGAACGAGCAGAACCGCAUCCGGCAGCAGCUGUACGAGAAGGAUGACGUUAUAAAUCGACAGAAUUGUACGAUAAAUCGGAUGAAGCGGAAGUUGGCUGCAGAAGAGGAACUGCUAAGCGACGAGAUGGAGAAGAAAGCCGGGAAAGAGGAGCGGCCGAGUGGGCGAGACAACGGCGACGAAGUUACUCAGUACUGCCCAAAGUGUCGUAAAAACUAUUAUCGUCUCGAGUACCGAACGAACGGGACGCAGACCUUUGACUACUGUCGUGAUGAUGGAGCGGAGAGUGUAAAUACGGAAAACUUGUCCCUUAAUAGCGUCGAGUACGCUUCGUCGAGCGAGGAACAGGAAUCGUCGCUGUACGUUCGAGCGAACUCGUUCAAGGAUGCACGCCGCAGCCGGAAGUACACGAGCAAACGGUCCUACCAGGGCUACCAACGGGGACCGUCCAGGGCAAGUAGCUUCAAAAGCAACGCAUCCGGUCAGACCACCGGUACGCUAACGAGGCUAACGGAGCGCAAUGAACGGGCGAGUCCACUGCGUUUCGAUGGUCAGCAGAGGGACGACGACGACGACGAAGGGGAUGAUGAGCAACCGGAGCAGCCGGUCGUCCACGAGAGUGGCCACGAGGCGUACGUGAACAUUGAGCCGUCAAUGCCGAAGAUAGCAAUUUACGAAAACUAUGA